GCACCGCGCGGGUCACAGCGCCUGUGGAGAGCCAGAGACAGGCGGCGACGGAGAGCAACAGUAUAGGCGACAGUGCGGGCGACGGUGCAGGUGACAGUGCAGGCGACAGUGCGGGCGAAGGGGAAGACGACGGCUACAGCGACCAAGCACAUCGGGCAUUGCCUGAAGGUAGCUGGUUGUAAUCAGUCAUGCCAACUUUCAAAGGUCUCUGGCUGCUCUGCUCGGCACUAGUGACGUCACGUCUCAGCUCCGCCGACAAGCUGCCGUCGGUGCCGACCGCUGCCGACGGCCUCUACUCGUACCUGCCUCCCCUGGAGGCUGACGCACCCGCGCCGGAUAGCUUCUCCUACCUGGCUCCCGACGGCCCCUCUCCCUAUGACGUCACUAGUGUCUCUCCCUAUGACGUCACCAGUCCCACCUCCUCAUACACCUCUAUUAGCCCGGAGCCGUCCCACGGCCCCGUCAGUCCGGCGGCGGUGUACGGACAGGCUUCGAACGGUGGUGGUCCCCUAGCGGUGACCCAAGAGGGUCACCUGGAGGGGGUGACCCUGGAGGCGGCCUCUGGGGGUCAGGUGGACGCCUGGCUAGGAGUGCCGUACGCCAGCCCGCCAGUGGGGGACCUCCGCUUUCUGCCGCCGCAGCCCGUGGAGCCGUGGCACGGCGUCAGGGAGGCCAAGAGCCAGCCAAACGCCUGCUGGCAGGUGACGGACACGUUUUUCGGCGAUUUCGCUGGCGCCACCCAGUGGAACGCCAACACCCCGCUGAGCGAGGACUGCCUGUAUCUAAACGUGCACGCGCCGCACUACCGGCCGGCACGUCCGGCGGCCGUGCUCGUCUGGAUUUACGGCGGCGGGUUCUACAGCGGCUCGGCGGCGCUGGACGUCUACGACCCCACGGAGCUGGUGGCCGCAGGAGGGGUGGUCGUCGUCGCUAUGCAGUAUCGUGUCGGCUCCCUGGGCUUCCUGCGGCUCGGCGACGCGCCGGGAAAUGUUGGCCUGCUGGAUCAGGUGGCCGCGCUGCGCUGGGUGCAGAGGAACGCUGCAGCGUUCGGCGGAGACCCGAACCGUGUGACGCUGUUCGGAAACUCGGCCGGCGCGGCCAGUGUCAGCCUGCACCUGCUGUCGCCCGUCUCCGCGCCGCUGUUCCGCCGCGCGGUGCUCCAGUCCGGCUCCGCCACCAACCCGUGGGCGGUGCAGGAGCCCUCCGAGGCCCGCCGGCGCGCGCUGCGGCUGGCUGAUGAGGUCGACUGUCCGGCAGCCUCAGAUGACCAGGCGCUGACCUGUCUGAGGGAGAUCGACCCCGAGACGCUCGUCAACUCGGAGUUCUUCACCACGGCGUUCGCCGACUUCCCGUUUGCGCCGGUGGUGGACGGGGAGUUCCUACCGGAGGAUCCCGCCGCCGCGCUGGCCGCAGGACGCUUCAAGCCUGCCGACCUGCUGGCGGGCACCACCUCUGAGGAGGGUAAUUACUUCCUGUUGUACGCUCUUCCAGAGUACGCCAACCUGAGCGCGGUGCCCACCCCCGAUCGCUCGGAUCUGACGCGUUACACAGAGGUGCUGAACGGAGACCUCUCGCCGGCGGCGCUACUGACCGUGGAACAUUUCUACACGCCUUGGGGCGCUCCCGACCAGCCGGCCGCCAUCCGGGACGCCGUGGACAAGAUGGCCGGAGAUCGCCAGUUCACCUGCGGUGUCAACGACGUUGUGGCGGCGCACGCGCGGAAAGGGGGCGCUGUGUGGCAGUACCAGCUGCGACAGAGGGCGCCCGGCUCCAUGUGGCCCCGCUGGAGCGGCGUGCUGCACGCAGACGAGGUGUUCUUCCUCUUCGGCGCCGCCCUCAGGAAGCCAGAGGAGUUCAGCAGAGAGGACGUCAUCCUCUCCAAGCGGAUCAUUCAGUACUGGACCAACUUCGCCAAGACCGGGGACCCCAACUAUUCUGGCGAGCAGUGUGUGCGCAGCCCAACCAGCCACGAGUGGCCUCUGUACGAGCCGGUCGGCCAGCGCUACAUGGUCCUCUCACACUACGGUCCGGUCACCGGUCACGCGCUGCGGGUCGGCCCCUGCGCCCUCUGGAACCACCUAGUGCCGCGGCUCAACGACACGAGCGCCAUCUGUGAUAAAGUGUAGGCGACCGCAGCGCCACCUCCUGCGGUGCGGCGAGGAGGGAUACUAGCGGUACUUUCAGCAGUCGUAGAUGGCGUAUGCUGGCGUAUAUCUGUAUGGCAGCAUAUCUCACCAGCCAUUUGUGCAUACCUACUGGUCCUAUCUUGGUUAUGUUUGCGAGAGCGAUUGGUACACGAUUUUAUAUCAAACAGGGUUCCGUCCGCAAUACAACAAGUCCAAAAUUGCAUCCUCAUCGGUCAAAAUGUCGAUCAUCCCCGCUCAAAAUGUCGCAGCACUAAUCGAAAUACCUAUACUCGUACUACCCCUAACUGCCUACAUCAUUCAGAGCUCACCACAAUCCAGUCAGCUUAUCUCGGGGCUAGAGACCCCUACUGCUGCCGACUGCCUCUAUCUCCGCUCAACGCAGCACCGUAAAGAAGAGUCCAAUGCAUACCCAUUACCCACUUAUGUCAACCCAGUGGGCAGUGUUGGGAGUUUUGUCAGAGGGUACGCCGAUAUUAGAACGGUGCUAUGUAACUUCAUGCCUGUAGAAGCGAAGUGCACACUUCGAGGUAAAAUAAAUGCCGUAAAGUGGGGCUAUUUGAGACAGUGGGGCUAUUUGAGACAGUAUUUAAAAUCGCUAUAAAAUGAAGAUCGUUUGAUUUUUGUGUGAUAUUUUUGCUCAAGUAGGUGAGGAAUCGAGCAGUAAAUCGCCUGAGCAAAAAAUUAAGCAUUAAUUUUAAGUGGUUUUUAUUUUAUAGCAAUUUUAAAUACUGUCUCAAAUAGCCCCACUGUUUCAAAUAGCCCCACCUUACGGUGCCUAUUUUCCACGUUUUUUAUGAUGGCUUGUAACAAUGAUGUCUGAAGUCUUCCAUCGUCUAAUAAAGGAAUCCAUUGUCGCA